UGUGCUGAUGUCAGACAUUGAAAUGUCCCCUGGGUCGGCGAAUUAAGAGCCGGGAAUACCCCACGUCAGCACGGCUUUCUGGAGCCGGUUGUGUGUGGACGGGACUGGCUGGUUUCCAUCAACACGUAAGAGAGGGAGCCCGGGAGGAGGGCCAGAGGCCUGGGUGGAAGGACCAUGUCCCCAUGUCCUCUGUGUCCGAGGAGUGGGAAGCUCGGCCCCAAGGCGUCUCUGUUAUGAACAGAAAAGCAUUUUAAUUAGAAUUUUAUGCACAUCAGUAAAUUUUUGUUGUGGACUUUUCCAGAACAAACCUGAAUUGCCCAUUUUCUUUUCCUGACCCAUUUCCUAUACAGCCCGGUUAAACCAUUUCCUAGGUUGCAUUUUUUUACGUUAACAGCCAUUAUUCUGCCAACUUCAGUUUCCCUAAUUGUAGCCUUUAUUUUAUUCUGCCGGGAUUCUUUUGACUGUCUCCAGUUUUUCCCCGUGACCCAGUCACAGUGUCCCUAGCAUCAAAACUUGAGCAGCUCAGCCCGCCUGCUUCCUCUCAAGGUCCCCUCCAAGCUUGGCAUGUCACCCCUUCCCCGCCCUUGCACCCCCGGCAGCCAGGCCAGCGCCUCAGCCUCUCACCCCACCUCUGCCCUACCUGCGCCUUCCCCCCCGCCCCAGAGCCCUGCAGCCCCCGGAGGGGAGCUUGCAGUGGAGAUGCCCUCCAGCCUUUCGUGUCUAGCAAGGCAUCAAGUCCUCGGAGGCCCGAGGAGCGACACUUGUCCUUCAGGUGGUGGACAGUGUUUGCCCGGGUCCCCCCCGGGCCUGGUUGGACGCCCAGGACACGGGAGAAGCAGGGCAGUGAUGGCUCUGAGCUGCCACUGUGUUGCGGGCCUCCCUGAAGAGCUGAGCCCUUGAUGGGCUUCGUCUCCUGGGGCUCACGGACCCACAGAGAGGGGCUGGCGAGCACCUCCCUCCUUGCGGCACUGCGCACGUGGUCACAACUCAUGUCAGGUCAGAGCCGAGCCGUCUCCUGCAGCAACCUGCCAGGUGGGUAAGUCGGGAAGCCGAACCAAGCUUCCCCCGGGCCGCCCCGGCGGGUGUGGGCCGGAGAAGGCGGAGCGCCCGCGGGCUCCUGCCGCCUCUGCCCUCCCCGCAGGGCCUGAUCCGCUCUGCGAGCCGGGAGGGACACGGGAGGGCCAGCGCUCCCACACGCGGCUGUUCACGGUCUUUCAUUUCCAAGAAGUAAAACGACUGAGGAGAUUGCCGCUCAACGCCGUGAACCCGUUCUUGCCUUUUGACCCAGAGAGCGUCUUGGCGCAAAGAUCUUUCUGCUGCUUCCCUGCUUUUCCACCUGCCCUCCUUCUGUUGAAAAGCGCUUUAGACUUUUGAACACAAUAUAAACCCAAACAGUGUGAUUCCUGUCAUGAAAUGUAUGUCAGCAUUAAUAACUAACAGCAAUCCGGUGGGACGAAAUUUCCCGAGCGUUCCCGUUGGGCGGGGUCAUCUGUGUACAUGAAGUCUGGGCCCCUCACUGCAUCGCACCAUGACCACCUCAUUUUAGGGCACUACUGGGGGGGUGACUUAAAAUACAGGGUACGCUCAGACACGGGGCCGCCCCAAAAUGUUCUGCAGCCAUAGCUCGACAACCGGGCCGACUCUCCCACAACAGCCACGUGAGUCCCCACAAGAGUCUCCGGUCCAAGGAUGAGCCCCCAAGGCUCACGGGGCACCCCCUCUAGCACGUGGGAGAGAGACAGCCAGCUGCUUCCCAAAGGAGCAGCUACGAAGGAGCCCCUCGUGAGGAACGGGUGUACUUAACCGUCCACUUUUCUAGUCAGCCCUUUGGAUUUGCACCCCUGCGAGCCCCGCUCGGACCACCUCCUGCAGGAAGUCCUCCGCCUUUCCGUGAGCCGUGCGUGUGGAGGAGUCGCUUUCCCCUGUGGUUUCGAGCAGUCCUACGAAACUUCUUGCUCAAUGCCAGAGCUCAACACAGUUCGAGGCACAGGGAGGGCCCCCAGUGGAUCCUUGAUGAUAGCAGAACAUUUCAUUCCUAGGGACAGACUCUGUGAAUCAAAUGAUACGGGGGAACCAGGUAUAAGCCGCUUUGUGUUCCGAGACUCUUUCAGUUUGGUGUCAUUUUUAAAACUGAUGGUUUCGCGCACACUGGCCAGUGAGCCCUGGCUUUACUCCCGGCUUUGGCUUCGGUUGCCCUACAGGCUGGGUCCUUCCCCCUUCAGGGUCUUCACACUUGCAGAUGUCAGCAGCCCCCCUUUUACCCAGCCACCUCUUCAUCACCCCUCAAACUACCCGAAUGUAUUUUUCGGGAAAGCCUCCCUACAUAACCUAACCUAGAGUCGUCCCCUUGUUCUACUCUCUUACUCUGUUCUUAUCACAAUUUUAAUCAAGUAAUUUAUACCCUUAAUGCAGGCACUGCACACUCAGGGACGAUCAGUGAGUGGAGGUGGGAGGCGAGAGGGAGUGGUGGGGACUGAGGAGAGCGCGGCCACCCAGAGGGCCUAUUUGGCUCCAGCAGAGAACAGCCCAGUGUGAUCAGAUCAUCCCUAUUUUCAAAGGAUCCAAAAAUCUUGGUUUUAAAAGUUGAGUCCCUCCCAGCAUCUAAAUACCGCCAAGUAAUCCUGUUUAGGAAAAAUGCGGGCCAAGCCAAACACACCAGUGGUUCCAAUCUGUGGCCUCUGGUUUCCUCUGUCUCGCACUUGGCUCUCCGUCCCGCAGGGGCAUGUGUGGAUCCGCCCUGCUCACCAUCAUGUCUGGAUUCAACAGGCAAGAAACAGAAAGAGGUGAUGGCCUCUCCCGGUAGAGCCCGGGGGUCAGAAAGAAUGUUCUGGCAGGGAGCUGGCGUCCCACAGGCCUAUCCUCCCGCUCUUCCUGCUCACUGGACAUUUCUCCACCUCCCUUUAAGCCUUGCUCCCGGUCGACCACCCUCCAGCCCGAAGUCAUCACAGUGGGCUCUGUGACAUCACCAACGGCCCGGCCCUAGGCACCCAGUCUCCAGGUGAGCAGGCAAACAGACCCACCAUGAGCAACUUCGUCCCCCAUCUCGGCUCACCAUGCGGACGCUGACAUGGUUCUUGUUCUUGCCUCUGUGCCUCUCCUGCGGCUAUGCCUUUAUGUUUUCUCCUCUGAGAGAGAAAGUCAAAGAACCCCAGGGGAAGGUGCCUUGCGGAGGGCACUUUCGGAUCAGGCAGAAUCUGCCCGAACAUACCCAAGGCUGGCUUGGGAGCAAAUGGCUCUGGCUUUUUUUUGUUGUUGUACUGUAUGUGAUACUUAAGUUUCGAGGAGAUAGUGAGAAGAGUAAGGAGCAGAAUCCUUCCGCCCUUCGAGGCUGUUCAUAUCGCUCUCCACUAAGGAAAAAACAAAAUGCUUCCCCCAACAAAGACUAUGCAUUCAAUACCUUAACCCAACUGGAGAUGGACCUUGUGAAAUUCGUGUCCAAGGUGCGGAAUCUGAAAGUCAUCAUAGCAACCAGCAGUAACCUCAGGCUUCAGAACUUGGGGGCACCUGGAGACCCACAAAAUAAUAUUACCAUCUAUGAGGUAUGGGGUGAAGAAGACUCUGAAUGAGUGGAUUUGAGUGUCAGAGUAGGAGAGACAAAGUUGAGUGUUGACAAACCAUAUGCAACCCAAUAAAACUAUUCUGAAGAAAAAGAAUUCUCGAAGUUGACACCUUUUUUUUUUUCUUCCUCUUUUUUUUAAUCUGGAAGGAAAAAUAAAUGUGAGGCCAGUAACCACAGCAGAUACUCUUUCGUUUUUGCCUUCCUCACCUCCCCUAGAGCAGUGAAUGGUGAGAAGAGCACACACAGCAACAUAGUAAGGGAGGUGGCCUCCUCGGGCUAUGGCGCCCAGGCCCCCGGAGGACGAUUAGGCUUAGGAAAUUUGGGAUAAGAUGCGGAUACCAUAUUCAU